CCUACUUUCGUCCAGCUGAUACUCUGGGCCAGGUGAACACCUCUGGCCUGACCUGGACUCUCAUCUCAACUCUCAGCAUCAUCAUCAUGUUGAGCUCCCUCUUCCUCCUGAAGGCACUUCUUGCUCUUGGGACCCUGACAUCCUGGGUGGCUGCAGGAGAGCAUGAGUUUGGCGGUGAAUGUCCUGCCGACCCCCUUCCAUGCAAGGAGCUGUGUGAUGGAGACGAGUCCUGUCCUCAGGGGCAGAAAUGCUGCAGCACCGGCUGUGGACACAACUGCCGAGGAGACAUUCUAGGAGGACGGGCCGGUACUUGUCCAAGAGUUUUGGUGGGCCUGUGCAUUGUCACCUGCGUGGUGGAUGAGAACUGCCCAGCCGGGAGCAAGUGCUGCAAGUCAGGCUGCGGGCGCUUCUGUGUCCCGCCGGGUAUGCUGCGCCAAGUUGGCCAGGAACCCUAACGGGACCAUGAAUUAGAGACCCUGGUGCCCUCGCUGUCCUGAUGUAUCCUGAGCUUCUCUGGCGACUCCAAAGGGGCUUGUCCUGGAAGCCAGGAGAGGUGCUGUCCCAGGAGCGCUCAUUGCCUGCUUCUGUUCUGCUGCUGCCUGAGCAUAAGAAACAGCCCAGGGGUUGGGGAGUGGAUGUGUGGUGCUUCUAGUCCUCAAUAAAGGCUGGUGCUGAUC